GGCUGGAUUUUCCUUUGUUCACAGGGCUCUCAAUGACUUGCCUGUCCCCACUAAGUCUGUUGCUAAAUAGUUUUACUUUCCUGUUGCAGUGAGCUCUGGGAGCUGCUCAGCUGCUUGGAAGGAGGUUCAUCGAGCUUUGGUGACUUCUGUUUUCUCAGAAUUUCUCCCCAGCUGUGGCAGCAGCACUGGCACCACCCUCAGCUGCUGCUGCCCCCCCUCUGGGACUUCCCUUUGCGUGAGAUGUGACUGUUCCACAGGCAGGACAACGCUGCUCACUGACAGUUCUCAGCGCUGACAUGUUGGAGGAAGAUAACGAUGAGAUCUGCUGGAAUAACCUGGAGAACUUCCGAGUGAAGCUGAUCUCCGUGAUCGACCCUUCCCGGAUAACCCCCUACCUGCGGCAGUGCAAAGUGCUCAGCCCUGACGAUGAGGAGCAGGUCCUCAACGACCCCAGCCUGGUCAUGCGCAAACGGAAGGCAGGUGUUCUUCUGGACAUUCUUCAGCGAACAGGACACAAGGGCUUUGAGGCCUUUAUGGAGAGUCUUGAGCUUUAUUAUCCACAGCUGUAUAAGAAAAUAACUGGCAAGGAGCCCAGCAGGGUUUUCUCUAUGAUUAUAGACACCGCUGGGGAAUCAGGCCUGAGCCAGGUGCUGAUGAACGAGAUCAUGAAGCUGCAGAGCGCGGUGCAGGAGGAGCGGCGCAAGGCCCAGGAGCUCACGGUGUGGCUGCACAGCAAGGAGGACACCAUCAGGGAGAUGUGGGUGAGGGACAGCCUGCUCCGAAAGCACCAGGAGCGGGCCCAGAGGAUGAAGGAGGAGAGGGACAGCCUGAGCAGGGAGCUGAAGAAGUGCAAGGAUGAGAACUACAACCUGGCCAUGAGCUACGCCAAGCAGAGCGAGGAGAAGAGCGCGGCCCUCAUGAAGAACAGGGACCUGAUCCUAGAGAUUGACCACUUGAAGCACAGCCUCAUGAAGGCUGAGGAUGACUGCAAGCUGGAGAGAAAGCACACCAUGAAGCUCAAACACGCCAUAGAGCAGCGCCCCAGCCACGAGGUGGUGUGGGAGAUCCAGCAGGAGAAGGAGCUGCUCUUGGCCAAGAACCAGGAGCUGGAGAACACUCUCCAGGUUGCCAGGGAACAGAAUUUGGAGAAGAGCCUCUCCAAGGAGACUCUGGAGAGUGACUGCAGGCAGAUUCUGGAGGAACGGCGGGAGCUGGCGGACACCAUUUACAGCCUGCGCAAGGAGCUGCGCCGAGCCAGGGCGCUCCAGGACAAACAGUAUGCAGAGGAAAAAGAGAUGCUUGAGCUGCAGUGCACAUCCCUGAGGAAGGACUCCCAGAUGUAUAAGAAACGGAUUGAAGCUGUUCUGCAGCAGAUGGAGGAAGUGGCUGCAGAAAGAGACCAGGCUCUCCUGACCCGGGAGCAGUUCCACAUGCAGUACUCCAAGAACCUGGUGGAGAGGGACGCUCACCGCAAGCAGAUCCGGGAGCUGGGGGAGAGAUGUGACGAGAUGCAGCUGCAGCUCUUCCAGAAGGAGAGCCAGCUGCUGGCCACUGAGGCCAAGCUGAAAAGGUUGCAACUGGAGCUGCCCACCCCGACCUCUGACCUGGAUGACACUUCCUCCAGAGAUUCCCAGGAACUCACCCUUCACAGUCACCUGGAUGAAGAUGCACAGCCCACUAAAAAAGAUUGCCCUGAAGGACCAAACCAGCAGCUGAGCCCUGGAGAAGACAAUCUGCCCCCAAAGUCACUCAGUGAGUGUGGCUUGGCCAAUGAGGAACUGGCAGAAAAGGAGAGGAAGAGGAUGAAGGACUGCUUUGAGCGCUACCGAAGGUCUGGGCUGCAAAAAAGAGCCAUGAGGAGGGUGCCAAAGGACCGGCACCACGAGGCCGACUGGGAGAACACCACGGGCAGUGACAACACCGACACCGAGGGCUCCUGAGGGAGGGACAACGGGGACACUGAGGGCUCUGGAAUGAGGGACAACAGGGACACCGAAGUCUCCUGAGAGAUGAAAACAGGGACACCAUCAGCUCCUGAGAGAGGGACAACUGAGGGUUCUGGGAUGAGGGACAAUGGGGGCACCAUCAGGUCCUGAAGGAGGGACAACACUGGCAUUGAGGUCUCCUGAGUGCAGGAACCAACCUGGGAGGAAAACCCAGCCUGUGCUGGGGUGGCUGUGCCUCUGACUUUCACUCUCUAUGGACUAUUUAGAUUUUAAGACCAUCCAACCCAACAUUCAAACGAAAAGUUAACAUG